AUGAAGAUGUGUCUUAGUGAUUUAAUGAAACUUCACCAUACUAAGAAAUCAUUAGCUGAAGCACUUACACCGAAAUGUCGAUUUAUUAAUAUGGAUACAUCCGUUGAAACAGUCUCUUUUCAAGAAAUUUUCUCUACUACAGUUAUGUUUUUAUUUCGUUCUUUAGAAUAUUCAACUGAUCCAUUGACUUUAAUAUUAUACAAUGGUAAUAAAUUGAAAAAAAGGAUUCGUUUCCCUCCAUUUGGUAAAGAUUCUAAUUCAAAAUCGAUUGGGAAUAAUAUGGCUAUAUUAGUGAGUUUAUUACAAACUAUACUAGAAAGACAAAAUAAAUCAAUGACAAGUACAAUAAGAGAUAUUUUUUAUUCUAAUGUAGAAUUGUAUCAAAAUCAAAAAAAUGUUGUAUAUUGGUUAGAAAUUAUAGCUAAAAAUUUUAAAUUGAAAUCAAGAGAUAAAUUAAAUAUUGUGGCUGCUCAAAAAGGAUUAUUAUAUUCAACGACACAUAUAUUGGUGACAUCAAAUUUAAAAAAUAUAUAUUCAAUUAAUCGUGAUACUAUUGAAUUAAUUCCUUAUAUUGAUGAAUCAUCGAUUAUUAAAUUAAAUCCAACCGUUGAAUAUAACGUGAUUGUAUUUGAAAAAGAGGCCAUAUUUAAUAAAAUUGUUACCAAUUUAGUGAAAAUUUCAACCGUUUAUGAAAAUACUAUUUUUAUUACUGGGAAAGGUUAUCCAGAUCAUCUUACAAAACGGUUUAUAAACAGAUUAUUAAUAUGUAAUGAACAAGUCAAAAUUAAAUUGUACGUUGAUUCAGACCCAGAAGGUGUCUGUAUCGCUUUAAACUAUAUCAACAACUGUACAGAAACAAAAAAUAUAGAAUAUAAAGGAUGUACGUUAGUUCAAUUGAUUAAGAAAAGAACUCAAUUAAUGAAUUUAACUCAUCGUGAAAUAUCAUUGUCAAUCAAUAUGAUUCACAAAAUAGCUAGAAAAUCUCAAAUUGAUCGUACUAAUACAGAUAACGGAAUUGUCAGACAAUUACAACGUCAGUUGUUCUUCUUUAAGAAAGGUGAGAUGAAUGCUUGCUACGCUUAG